AUGUGGGGCCCAUACGAGAUCGCCACACCCGCAAUCUUCGGAAGGGCCUGGGCUGCUGCCUGGUCUUAUAAGAGCUUCUUCGGUCACAACACGACCUCCCUUUUAAUCCAUCGAGUUUCCACAUACCCAAUAUCGCAAUUGUACUCGCACGCACAAUCGGCACGGCUCCUGGCGCCGCGCACAUUCCGGAUGCGCAAAUCACCGCAUAAGGUCCUGCUCGAGGAUGCUACGGGGACUGAGGUCCCGCAGUGGAACCUGCUCGCGCCAGCCCUUCAUCAGGUUCUCAAGCUGUCACGGGCUGAGAUGAAUGAGGACAGCCGCCGAGGUAGCCAUGGCUCGGUCACUGCAGGGGCACUGGCGAACCCCUCACCCCAUGUCGGCUGUGCUAUAGAAGAGGAAAAUGAGGUAGCCAACGAGCAGGACGACAGCCUAGAUCCGGUAACCGUCUUGAGGAUUAGACCACAUUGGAAAGCGUUCCGCCUCCUCCAUUACGCCCCUCGUGACAGAGGCCUUCUACGGAGAGCCGUGCGCUACCUACCCCCGACUGAGCUAAGAAGUGCUGGGAGAGCCAUCGCUCAGGGGAAGACGUCGACGGGCGCGCCGUUGGGAACAAGCGUGGGGCAGUCUCCCAUCGAGAUCCUUCCGCCCGAGCUCCUGGCCAUCGUGCUUGGCUAUCUCACCAACGACAAACCAGCCACCAUCGGGCUCGCAUUGGCUUCUCGGAGACUGUGGUGUCGCGUGCUGAGCGAGUAUAUCCUUCGCAAUGUCCACAGUCGGCAAUAUAGCGCACCAGAUCCUACUAUCGUGGACAGGCAAGACACGGCUUAUGGCCAUAUGAUGCAAAGCGGGCAGUGGGCAGGCACACCACUAAUCUGCACGUCGACAUGGCUGGUCGACCUCCCGCAGAGCAUGCUUGCCGUCGAGCCGCGGCUGUGGUACCGCGACGGGUGGAAAGACAUUCCCCACAGGUGCUGGGCCCGCCAACUGGAGUCUCCAUGGACGGGGACGAACGGGUGGCGGCGGCACGGAUACUGGGAGCCAGACUACGUGCAUCGCAUACCAGACCCGGAUCUCGCGCCACCGCUACCAUCAGCACCAGUGUCACACCAUUCGGAUGAGGUUGGAGGUGCUCGACGUGCCCUGGGCGGUGUAGGCGCCAGUGGCCGUGGUGAAGCCGGAAUGUGUCUCGCUCGGAUGUGGAAUUGGAACGCCGUACUGACAUACCGGCACCCAAGAGACGCGGACGGCCUGUGCGAGAAGGAUGUCGAGGCCUAUCUGGCGGCAUUUGAUGGCAAAGGGAAUGCGUUUGAACAGAGCGAGGUGGAAAGCCGGUGGGAGGCACGUCUCAGGAGCUGGCUGAACAUGCUUCUUCGUGGUGGAGACGGCCGAGAAGAGGACGAACACGCGGAUGAUGACGCGUUCAUGAUGGGGGCUGUUGGGGACGAGUGGGUGUUGAGGAACCUGGACACGAAAGAGUACGUGAGCCUCCAGGUGCAAAAUCAGCCAGCCCCCACGAUCACCACCCCUGCGGAUCAGGGUUCUCAUCCUGAGGACGAUACCGCGGCGACGGCAAGUCUACCGCAGACACGAGGGAACAAGCGAAGGUUGCCCAAAGCACAAAACUCGCGGUCUUCCAAACGACAAAAGCCGACUGGCACCCUCACUCAGUCAGAGGAUGGGCCAACUGCCCACGCGGAUCCAGCCUCUAUGAGAGCGACAGACGAACACGUGACCCGCCAAGCGCAUUCCACAAUCCUGGCCAUGGAGAACCAUUCUCAGCUGACGUUAGACUUCAUCGUGUUGUCCCAGAUAUGCUGGGGCGGUGGGAUAACGCGGUCGGGGCCACAGCCCGCUUCUCGUACAUUGGGGACUCCGGGUGCGCAGCAGCUGACGACUCUGACGACUGGCAUCUGGGCAGGGCACCGCCUCGACGUAGUGCCAAGGGAAUGCUUCGCUCAUGUGCGAGAAGAAGUUUUCCUGGGCGGUGGCCGCCCAAGUCAAGCCCCUUGUAUCGUAGGAGCAGAGGCAUCAUCCCCUUGUAUCGUAGGAGCAGAGGCAUCAUCAGAGCACAUUGAAGAAGGGACAGAUUGGAGGGAUGUCACCGAGGAGGCUGCGAUUCUGGCAGUUCUCGCUCCCAGAUUGCCGAACGGCCGGGAUCUGUUGAUACCCUUGGGGUGCCCUGAGGAUGCACUUGCUCGCGAUGAAGCGCUGGUUGGGCCGAUCACCCUGCUCCCUGCGCUGGGAACAUCAUCGGCUUACAUGCCCCGCCAGCCCGCGGUUGCUGACAGCAGAUUGAUUGGCAUGUAUGUCUUGAUUUAA